UCUGCCAGCCUCAUCUCAGGAGUGCGGCCUCGUGGUUAUUCGUAGUCUGCUUGACGCCCUGCAGUGGGUGACUCUUCACUGCCCGUCUCUUCACUGCCCGAAUAAUAUUGGUAGUCAGAAGAGGACUCGAACGUGAAGUUUUCAUAGGAAGGCGGCCGUCGAUCUUGGGGCGGGAGGCGGGUGGUUAAGACCGGCCUGUCCUCGCCUGUCGGUGUGCGAGGGCUGAAGCUCUCCGACUGCUCGUCGUGCUCAUCCUCUGAUUCUUCUUCCUUCUCGAUCAGAUUUGCUGCCAAAGAGGGAAAUUGAGAGGGGGUCGUCAGGGUCAAGCGUGCCGAGAUCUGCUUGGCGGAGCUGCGUCUUGUGUCUUGUGAAGCGGCCGGGAAGAAGAUGGAAGGCGACAACGGGCGUAUUGUUUCUUGUGCAGCGCCUGCAGUGCUUCUCCGCUUCGUGGUUGGCUGCUGGGGUCUCUCAAACUGAAUGGACGAUCCCUGCGACGAGCGUCUCGCUGCCGAGACACGCCCACGCGCCUUCACCAGGACAGGAGAGCCAUCCGCGGGGCUCGACACCGGCUGGGUCUCGUCCACGGAAUACGAAUAUGCCACCAGCUGAUGCUGCCGUCUCCGCCAGCCUUGAUACUCUCGGGUGAGACAGAACGAGUCAACGUCGCAAGGGAAACGGCGACUCUCAAGGUGCACGUGCUGUGGCAAGACGGACCCCCUCCGCCUCGGUUGCUCGACAGUCAGCAGGAACGCAAAGGGAGAUUGGCUGUCUUGCUGCUCUCCCAUUGCCAGGCGCAUCAGGUCGACGUCGAAGAUGAAAAACGGCAGAUUGCCAUGAAAGGGGCGAGGCCCGCCGAAGAGCCUGUCAUGCCGCUUCCUGGCCUUGUAUCGAAGCACCUCACCAAGCUGCACCCACAGCUCUAGAAUGGCAUAGAGCCUUCGAUAUGCAGCCCCGUAAAGCGCCGUCACCAUCACAGGCAAAUCGGGGGCUGCAGGCAGGGUGCUCGACUGAGAGUUACUGGGCGGAGAGGCGAUUUGGAAGGCGAAGAGGACGGCGAUGGGCCGGUGCAUGCGAGUGAAAGGGAAGGCACCGAUAUACUCACGGGAAUGAAGAUCCAGCUGUACAAGGAAUGACAGCAUAUGUGGCUUUUUGUGGCAUGUGCAUUUUCAUCGAUAUGUGUCGUACCGCCCAUGUAGCUUGAUUGGACAUUGUGCUGAGAAACUCAAGGAGUGUCGGCCCAACCAAGGGCACAGCAACCAGACAGAACAGCCAUGGAGCGCACAACGGCACCACGAGGGGCAUGGCCAGGAGAGAAAGGAUAGAUGGGGAAAGCGGCGGCUCAGAAUCUGGGUUGGGAUACGCUGCAGUGGCAGCUGCCAACUCGGCAUCGAUGGCAGCAUCGCCUGGAGCGCCGUUCAGCCACUGCAGAUUCAGUGCAGAAGCAUCCAACCCAAGCAGAUCUGUCUGUCAAGAUCUGUCUGCCAUACCAAGUACUGCAGAUGCAGUGCGAACUCCUCCUCAUCCAGGCAGCCGCUGUGUCGCUCGAGAAAGGGUCCCACUCCGCUCGAGAAUGUAUCGCAGAAGAGAUCCUUGUCCAGCACGUGUCGGGCAAACACGAAGCAGAAGGCCCUGUCUUCAACCACAGAUGGGCGAAGCACAGGCGCCGCCGUCCGCACAUCAGCUGUGCCUGACAGCCGCGCAAAGAAAUGCAUCAACACACAGAUGUAAGAUGUGUGUAUGGCUCCAUAACUGCCUGCUUGUACCUUCUUCGAGGGACGAAUCCUCAUCGCCUUCUCUAUCUGCCGCAGGUCCCCUCGCACGGCUCUCCAUCUCCCGCAGGUUCCAGGAACCCAUCAUGACCACAAAUUCAACGUCUCAAAUGAUUCUCCCUAGUAUGUUUGGAGUACUAGUAUCUUCGACCGCCAGCCAAACAUGAGGGUCUGCUGUGCGACAGGGAGGCACAGCACGCCGAACGGGCCAAACCGACGUUC